UCUUGUAAACGUGCCAUCAUUUUUUCACAUAAACGUGAUAAUUGGAACUGUUCAUUCUUUUUACUGUAUAAACGAAACGUGAAUAAGAGUCGGUUGUGAACUUAUGUGUCCUGUUUGUCCAAAAUUCCAAACAUAUUAGCCGGUCUCAGCCUCUCUCAUAUGAGAUGGCCAACCGACACUGCCUUGACAUCACUCCCCACCCGCCACCUCCGUUCUCUUUUACGAGGAUGCACGCGUCAAUCCUCCGUCGACGUCGGAAAGAAGCUCCACGCCGCCAUUGUCACCAGCGGCCUCGCCGCCUCACCAGACUCAUUCCUUCACAAUGCCCUCCUCCAUUUCCACGCUGCACACGGCAGUCCAUUCUCUGCACGCAAGCUGUUCGAUGAAAUUCCCCACUCGCACAAAGACGCUGUGGACUGGACUGUCCUCAUGGGCUGCUUUGCCCGCCACGGAAUGCUCCAAUCUGGGCUUCGUUUGUUCGUCGAAAUGAGAAGAGAAGACGUGAAGGUGGACGACGUGGCCAUGGCUUGCUUGUUCAAUGCGUGUGCUCGGCUGGGCAAUGCUGAGGUUGGGGAGCAAGGGCAUGGGUUUGUGGUGAAGGUGGGUUGGGAUUCUAGUGUCAAGGUCUGCAAUGUGGCCAUGGAUAUGUAUGUCAAGUGUGGUCAAUUGGGUAUGGCGAGACGGCUGUUUGAAGCAACAGGGGAGAGGAGUGUAGUGUCGUGGACUGUGAUUUUGGACGGUGUGGUUAAAUUUGAAGGCGUGGGAAAUGGGAGAGUGGUGUUUGAUCAAAUGCCUGAGAGAAAUGAGGUUGCUUGGACGAUUAUGAUUGUUGGAUUUAUGAGUAUUGGGCUUAUCGGCGAAGCUUUUUUGCUUCUUGAAGAAAUGGUUUUCGGUUGUGGUUUGAGAUUAAAUUAUGUCACCCUCUGUUCUUUUUUAUCGGCAUGUACACAAUCAGGAGAUAGGGUGACGGGCAGUUGGCUUCAUGCUUAUGCUUUAAAGACUAUGGUGAAUGAGAUUGACAUCAUGGUUGGCACAUCAUUGGUUGAUAUGUAUGCGAAAUGUGGUAGAGUAGACACCGCGUUAAAAGUUUUUGAGCAAAUGCACCGAAGGAACGAGGUGACAUGGAACGCUUUGCUCAGUGGUUUAGCAAUGCAUGGAAGGGGUAAACUUGUUUUGAAUAUGUUUCCUCAAAUGCUCGAAGAAGCCAAGCCAGACGAAUUGACCUUUGUUGCUUUGUUGAGUGCUUGCAGCCACUCGGGCCUUGUUGAUCAGGGCCAGCAUUACUUUCACACUCUUGAAUCUUACAGCGUAACUCCAAAGAUAGAACACUAUGCCUGUAUGGUGGAUCUUCUAGGAAGGGCUGGUCAUUUGGAAGAGGCUGAAGUCUUGAUCAAGCAAAUGCCAAUGCCUCCGAACGAGGUUGUUUUGGGUUCCCUUCUCGGUUCAUGCAGAAUCCACGAAAAACUAGAGCUUGGUGAACGCGUGCUGCAAGAACUGGUUCAAUUGGAUCCCCACAACACAGAUUAUCACGUCCUGCUUUCAAACAUGUAUUCUUUAGGAGGAAAGCAGGACAAGGCAAACUUACUGAGGCAGGAUCUUAAGAAUAGGGGUUUAAGAAAGCUCCCCGGAAUAAGUUCAAUUUAUAUUGGUGGCCAAGUUCAUCAGUUCAGCGCAGGAGAUAAGUCACACCCGAAAACAACGGAGAUUUACAUGAAAUUGGAUGAGAUGAUACGAAGAUUGAGAUUGGCAGGCUACAUCCCAAAUACCGGUUCUCAGGUUUUCUCCGGCUUUGACAAUGGAGACGAUGAUGCAGAUAAGCAGGAGGAGAUUGAGCAGGCAUUGUUCCGCCACAGCGAAAAGCUGGCAGUCUGUUUUGGGCUUGUAAGCACGAAAUCUGGCUCGCCUCUUUACAUUUUCAAGAAUCUGCGUAUAUGUGUAGACUGCCAUUCGGCUAUGAAAAUAGUUUCCCAUGUGUAUAACCGAGAGAUUGUGAUCAGAGAUCGGAAUCGAUUUCAUUGCUUCAAGCAAGGUUCUUGUUCUUGCUCUGAUUAUUGGUGAUAUGUAAACAAUGCAAGUGGUGAUCGAUUAGAUUUCUUUUUGGCC